GAGAAGCGCCAGAGACGGAAGGUAACCCAGGUGUGGUCAGGUGAGCUUUGGGCCCCGCCCCCUUUCCAGCGCCGCAGGUGCGCCUCAUUAUAAGGCUGAGAAUCAGAAUGAUGGCGUGUCUGUCUGAAGAGAAGAGCAGAAAUGUCAACCAGCGGAGUGGAACCCGCAGCCCAGAGCCCGCUGCUGUCCUCCAGCUUCUCUUCCAGCCCCUGGUCGUGUGUUUGUGCCAAUUCUUGGUCCGCGGCCAUGUGGAGCGGCGUUCCCGACCUGAUGCCUGCCGCCUCGGGAAGUUCCUCCCCCGAACCGUGGCUCCUCCCCGGCUGCAGUUCCGUCUACGACACGCUGGUCAGCAACACGUCUCCCAUCCUGUCUCCCCCGGCUGCAAGCGGACUUCGAGGACGAGAGCGAAGCAAGCCUCGCAGGCCGUCCAUCCUGGAGCGCUGCAUCCUCAAGGUGUCCACCAGCAGCGUGGCGGUGGGGACGGACGACGUGGACGGGAAAAGGGCUCCGUUCCCCCGCUGCUACCCCCGAUUGCCGGACCCGGCCAACACCGAGACGAAUGCGGCGGUCCUGAAGCGUCGCCAGAAGCAGAUCCAGUACGGGAAGAACACCAGUGGCUACCAGAACUACCUGCAGCAGGUCCCCAAACACCUGCGGGACCCGAAGCUCCAUCCAGCCACGCCCAACAAGUACCGGAAGUACAGCCGGCGCUCCUGGGACAUGCAGGUGCGUCUGUGGAGGCGCGCGCUGCACCUGUGGGACCCUCCGGCCAGCGACACGCCCGACCCGGUGGAGCAGCUGCAGAGCCAGCUGGCCAAGAUGACGUCGGACCUGUGCGAGGACGGAGGAGACAAGCAGAGAGAGAAGGAGACUCCUGCAGCCUCUGAUGCCUCCUCGGUGUCUCCUCUGUCUGUGGAUGUUCCUGGAGCCUGGAACGUCCCGCUGUCCCCACCGGAGACAAGCCACCGGGCUCUUCGCUCUCCUCCUGGCCUCAGCUACUCCAGCAGGAGUCAGCUAACCCCUGAUGACGGAAUGAACGACUGGCUCCGCCACCUGAUGGAGACCGAUCACACCCCUGAUUUCGGCUCUGAUGACCAGCAGGUUCCUGUGUUCUCCGACCAGCUCUUCUGGAAUCCGUACUGAUGACCCGAUCCAAGCCCCGUUGGACCUGAUGUUGCCUGAACUGGACCUGACCUGUUUCCUGUUGAUUCUGAACUCUUCCCAAUGUUCUGGGGUUUUGGAGCCAGAAAUUCACUCGAAUUUUAAAGAUCACCACAAACCUACGUCACUGCCGGUGGCACGCGACCCUGCAGCGGCGCGUGACCCGGUCCGGUCCGGGCCCCCGGCGGUUGGACGCCUUACUGUUAGCACUAGUUUUAGUUGAACUGCGUCAGAAUGUGCACAGUCACCUGCAUCACGCCGGAAUCCUGCACUGAGGGAACGUCACCAGUUUGUCCCGUUCGUCACUCGGUUCUUCACUUUCAUCCUCCGCUGCUCCUCCUCAUGUUUCUUUUUAAAAAUUAAGCUCCUGAUCAGUGGAGUCGAAGUGCUGCCACUUUUGUGUUCUGAGAUUUCUUUUACUUCUACCUGCUGCUUUAUGAGUAAAGUGAAAUGUGAUUAAUAAAGAUGUAAAUAAAGAGUUGAAACCUAAA